AUGAUAAAGGAUAAGCCGAGGUGUUGGCAUGAAACCUUUUCAGAAGCCUUGUGGGCUUAUAGAAAUUUAAAGCGAACAAGUACUGGAACAACUCCUUAUCGAUUAACCUUUGGCCAUGAUGCUGUGUUGCCAAUGGAGUUAAAUGUAAAAUCGGCAAGGGUAGCUCUACAACAUAAUCUUAUACCUGCCGAUUACAAUGAAGCUAUGCUUGCCGAGUUGGAGGAUUUAGAUGAGGUUCAAAAACUUGCUUUAGACCACCUUAUGGUCCAUAAAGCAAAGGUAAUGAAGGCUUACGACAAAAGGGUGAAGUUCAAGUCAUUUGCAGAGGGUGACAUGGUUUGGCAAACAAUUCUCCCACCAGGAAAAGUAGACAGAACUUAUGGCAAGUGGUCACCUACAUGGAAUGGACCAUAUAUAGUUCAUCAGGUGUUGCAUGGAGGUGCAUAUAAGUUGAAGGAUUUAGAUGGUGAGGUGCAUGAAAGACCAAUAAAUGAAAGGUAUAUGAAGAAGUAUCAACCCAUUAUUUUUGAACUUAUGAAGGAAAAGAAAGCCUCUAAUAAUUCAAAUAUAAAGGGUGAGUGUUCAGCUUAA